UCACGGGGCUUCUGUGAGCUUUGCAGUAUCAAAGUGGCGCCGAGUGUGUCUGUGUGUGCUGCUAGUUACUACAUGUCAUGUCAUAUGUCUGUCACACUCAUGUUCAUCUGUCGAGCGAACUGUCUACCUCGAGAAGAGUGUUGAAAGUGUACACAGCCCUCCCACCUGAGAGCCUUCACUGUCCUGCUCCUGUUAGCUGCCUGUAGCCUGCUAACUGCUACAGGUAACCUAGCUAGCCCCAAGUGCUGCUGGAAGCUGCCUGCGACGAGCUAAUGUUAACGGCAGCAGACAGACAGGCACGUCCUGCAUGUUUUCAGUAGACAGCUGCUGCUAUCAGUGGCACUAUGCCCGCAGCUACUGUGGAUCACAGCCAAAGAAUAUGUGAGGUUUGGGCCAACAACCUGGAGGAGGAGCUGAAGAGGAUCCGACAUGUCAUCCGAAAAUACAACUAUAUUGCUAUGGACACAGAGUUCCCAGGUGUAGUAGCCAGACCAAUAGGAGAGUUCAGAAGCAAUGCCGACUAUCAGUACCAGUUACUGCGCUGUAAUGUGGACCUGCUCAAGAUAAUCCAGCUGGGCCUCACAUUUAUGAACGAACAAGGGGAAUACCCUCCAGGAACAUCAACAUGGCAAUUCAACUUCAAGUUUAACCUCACAGAAGACAUGUAUGCACAGGACUCCAUUGAGCUCCUGACCACUUCAGGGAUUCAAUUUAAGAAACAUGAGGAUGAAGGCAUCGAGACGCUGUACUUCGCAGAGCUGCUGAUGACAUCGGGAGUGGUGCUCUGUGAUGGGGUCAAGUGGCUGUCUUUUCACAGUGGCUAUGACUUUGGAUACCUGAUCAAGAUUCUGUCCAACGCUAACCUGCCUGAGGAGGAGGUGGACUUUUUUGAGAUUCUUCGCUUGUACUUUCCAGUCAUUUAUGAUGUCAAGUACCUCAUGAAGAGCUGUAAAAACCUGAAGGGCGGGCUGCAGGAAGUAGCUGAGCAGCUGGAGCUGGAGAGGAUCGGACCACAGCAUCAGGCCGGCUCUGACUCUUUACUCACAGGCAUGGCUUUCUUCAAAAUGAGAGAGAUGUUCUUCGAGGAUCAUAUCGAUGAUGCAAAGUACUGUGGUCACUUGUACGGGCUGGGCUCCGGCUCGGCCUACGUCCAGAACGGAACGGGGAAUGCUUACGAAGAGGAGGCUAACAAACAGCAGUCGUGACAUCACUCUGAAACUCUCCCAUCCUGCGGGUCAACAUGCACAAUCAGUGCGGCACUGAAGCCAGGCUUCGCCAAUCGGAUGAUAAUAAUGGAAGAACACAGAAAACAUACGCACAUUUAGCAAGCUUCUUUUCAUAGGCUGAAUAUGAUGGUCAUAAAAAAAACAGCUGUCCUCCUCACACAUGCCUCUGAUGGCUGCGUGUGUGUGUGUGAGUUUAGUCUUUAUUCCUAAGAAGCAUUGUAGGCAGCCUGGUUGGAUCAGUUCACUUUAACUUGCUUGAAAAGAUGGGAUUUUAGUUUUCCUAAAAUGUUCUGUAGACAAAUGUUUUGCACUUUAAAGCUCUAACCUGAUUUUAUAUGGAAAGCUGUUUCUGGUGUCUCUCUCUUCUCUUUGUUGCCUUCUCUGCGUUCCAGUUUUACAUUGUGAACAUGUAAACCUGUACUUCACGACAGCCACUCUCACCACGCUCAGCCUUAAUAUUAGCAGCAUUCUUUAUCUUUUAAACUUUAUUUAAAUUGUGCUUGUUAUCUGAGAUUGAACAAAUUCAGAAAUAAGUCAUUUGAUCUCUGGUAGGAUGAUGAGAAAGGGAGCUCUCAGUGAGUCUGUUUACGUGCACAUGAAUAUCUCAUUGACUUUUUUUUUUUUUGCCAUUUGUUCAUAUAACGAUGUUAUAAUGACGUAAACAAGAUCUAAUCCCACUGUGAGUAGCCUUUAACAAGCUGGAUUAUUUUAUUUAUACGUAGAUAGUAUACUAAAAGAAGUGAACACCA